AUGCAACCACUUGGUGAAAACACCUCCAAUAUUCCUGCCUUUUUAGGGAAGUUAUGGAAGAUGGUAAAUGAUCCAAAUACUGAUCAUUUGAUAUCAUGGAGUCCGGCUGGGAACAGUUUCAUAAUACAAAAUCAAGCUCAAUUUUGGUAUGAAUUGCUACCACUAUACUACAAGCACAACAACAUGAGCUCUUUUGUAAGACAGCUCAACAUGUAUGGUUUUCACAAAAUAUCAACUGUUGAAAAUGGAGCCAUGGAUUCAGACAAAGAUGAAAUUCAAUUUUACCACAGAUAUUUCCAAAAGGACCAGCCUGAACUUCUUAACAACAUUAAAAGAAAAGUAACCACUUCAAAAUCAGAAAAUGGUAUGCAGAAUGUUAUAAAAACAGAUGACAUUGCCAAAGUACUCUCAGAUGUAAAGCAUUUGCAUGGUAGACAAUCAAGUGUUGAUUCACAGCUGUCUGCCAUAAAGCAAGAAAAUGCUGUCCUUUGGAGAGAACUUGCCAUGUUAAGACAAAAACAUAUGAAACAGCAACAAAUUGUUAACAAGCUUAUACAGUUCCUGGUGACCCUUGUUCAACCCUCAAAUACCUCCAGAAUGGGGGUUGGUGUCAAGAGAAGAAUUCCCUUGAUGAUUCAUGAAGGUCCCAAACAAAAGUCCAGAAAGAAAAAGACAGUCAAGACUGGUGGGGGUAACAAUGAGAAUGGUCCUACUAUUCAUGAACUGGACAGUGAAAUUGAGAUUCCACAAGAAGGAUUGUUUGAACAGGAUUUGGAAGAGUCAGUAACGGUGUCAAGUCCUGUUACAGCUGAUAGUCCCCUAGCUCCAAGUGGUUCACCACAAAGUGAAAUAUACCAACCAAAUUCAGUUUCAUCAAAUGAAAGUAAUAGUGAAACUGGUUUACCUGAUAGUUUUUGGGAUAAACCCGAAUUUGUGGAAAUUUCACAAAUUAAUCCCGCGGAAUUAAUAACUUCUGAAGAUGAUGUAGCAGCUGAAGAGGGUAUCAAUAGUCUGCAACGAAAAUCUGGAAAAACUAAUGAAAGUGAUAUUUUCAUGAAUCGUACUUCUAGAGACACUCUCUUGAGCAAAAUUGUGAAUGGCACUUACAAUUCUAAUGCCCUGAAUGGAAAAAAUGGAAGGAAAAAUAACAACAAAACUAGUGCUGAAAAUGCUAGUAGUAGUACAGAUCAAAAGUUGACAGUUGCUACUAGGGAUGCAGCAAAAAUUAAUAAUAGUACACUUGGUACUGACGUUUCCAGGGAUGAAUUGGAUCUGCAUUUAGAGACGACACAGAGUGAAAUCGAUCAGCUGAAAGACAUAUUGCAUGGAUGCAAUUCUCUCGAUGCCAAUGUACUUCUAGGGAAAAAUCUAUUUCAGCUGUUCAACGACGACGUCCCAGGCUUCGGUUUGUCUUGCAUGCAUGCCGAUAGCGGAGAACCUAUAGAUCCGGAUUCAGCUGAAACAGCGGGGGAUCCGAUGGUUUCGGGUACAGAAUUGGCAACUUGUGAAGGCAAUUUGAUAGACUUCAAUGAACUUUUCGACGAUUCUCUGGAUGGUCAAGAUGCAGCUGAUGCUGAAGCUGCUGAGAACAAUUUUAGUUCGUCAAUCAAUACACCAUUGAUUGUGAAGAGUGAACCGAUUUUCCCAACCCUCGACAAAGAUCUUUAA